UGAACGGGCAGCACGCGCGGAGGGUUGCUUUAUAUGUAUACACGCGAACGUCUCCCGCGCGAUUGGAAAUAAAAAGUUAAUCUUUCAAUUAUAAAUCGACCGCGCGACUGCGAUUGGACACGCGAACGUGUGUUCCGUCCUCGACUGCUAGCUGCUGCUCUACCCAUUAUACCCACACGGCUCCGAGAAAUCGGCCGCGUGCGCGCGCUUUUUUUAAUAAUUUACCUCUACAUGUAAUAUUACACACGGCCGCCACCGCGUGUGCACUGCGAUUGAUACAUAGACAUUGCUCAUACACCCCGCGUAGUAAGUACACUUCGUAUCGACAUGGCGCGUUGAAAAGAGCUCGUUGAAGAGAGGCAAUUUUCUUUUCUUUACUUUUUUGUUUGUUCGUUGGGUCUCGCGUAUAAUAUGGGCUUAUUCAGCAGCAAGUGCCAAUGUAUAGCUCGUCUCGAGGGCAAGGUGUUCGUCGUCACGGGCGCCACCGCGGGCAUGGGCAAGGAGACCGCCCGAGAUCUCUACUGGAGAGGUGGCAAAGUCAUCAUUACAAGCAGAGACAAGAAAAAAUGUAUGAAUGCGAUCGAGGAUAUUAAAUCGAAACCACCAUCAAAUCGCAGCAGCAAACAGUACCAGGGCAGGCCGGGCCAGCUGAUCCCGAUGAUGCUCGACCUGUGCAGCCUCAAGAGCAUACGCGAGUUCGUCUGCGAGCUGACGGCCACGACCCCCUACGUCAAUGCCCUGAUCAACUGCGCCGAGGUGCUGCAGUCGUGCAAAGAAAGGACUCAGGACGGCUUCGAGGUGCACUUCCAGACCAACUAUCUCGGCCACUUCUUUCUCACGAUGCUGCUACUGCCGAGACUGAGGAAAAACAACAACAUCACCUGUCGCAUCGUCAACGUUUCCUCGAUGAUGCACAAAUACGGUCAGAUGAACUUCGACGAUCUGAACGGCUUCAAGCUGUACGACCCGACCAAGGCCUACUCCCAGAGCAAACUGUCGGUGCUGCUGUUCACCCGGGCGCUCGAGAGGAAGCUGCGCGAGCUGGGCCUGUCGGGGGUGAUCGCGUACUCGCUGAAUCCGGGCCUGGUGGCCGAGGACCUGAGGCGCAGCCUCGUGGACGCGGGCGGCCUGCUGCUGUUCAAGGCCGCCCGAAUGCUGGUCCGCUGCUGCGUGCCGCUGUUCAAGACGCCCGAGCAGGCGGCCCAGACGAUAAUCCACUGCGCCAUCGACGAGGAGGCUCUCAAUCACUCGGGUUGCUACUACGAAGAGUGCAAGCCGGCCAAGCCAGCGCCCCAGGCCGAGAGCGACGAGGACGCCGAGAGGCUGUUCCGGGAGAGCCUCAGGCUCUGCGGCCUGCCCCAGACCGACGACAUGGACGAGCUGCUGGACAAGAUAAACGUCGAGAUGACGGCGGCCGCCGCCGAGAUGGCCGCCAACCAGGUGCACUCCGGCAUCUCCUCGUCGUCUAAUUAAUUCGUCGCGUAUCUCGCGAGAUUUUUCCAUACCAUAUGUAAACCAUCAAUUUUCGCUCGUACACGAUGCUUUCCUGAGAUACGACUACGAUCAUAUUAUUAUAUAGCGGUCGGUGAUUCGAGUCGCGCGCGACUUUUAUACGAGCGCAUAACUAAAAUUAUAAAAUACCGUCCCGCGCGCACUCUCCGCAUCGCUAAUUUAUUUAUAAUAUGGAAAAACUCGUCCGGAGAGAUGAAAAUCUCUCGCUCUACUGCGCGACGUCGCGCGACGCGU